AUGAAACAAGAAAAUAUUUCAUAUGUUGCAAAAUUUAUUCUCCUGGGGUUGUCAGAUGACCCACACCUGCAGCACUUCUUCUUUGAGCUGUUCCUAUCAAUGUACCUGGUCACGGUGGUCGGGAACCUGCUCAUCAUCCUGACUGUCAACUCUGACUCUCACCUCCACACACCCAUGUAUUUCUUCCUGUCCAACCUGUCACUUAAUGAUAUCUGUUUUAUCUCCACCACAGUCCCAAAAAUGAUUGUGAACAUCCGAACUCAGAAUAGAGACAUCUCUUAUGUGAGCUGCAUGAUACAGAUGUGUCUUUUUAUCAUGUUUGGAUGUAUGGAUGAUCUGCUUUUGACUGUAAUGGCCUAUGACCGGUUUGUGGCCAUCUGUCACCCUUUGAGGUACAGUGUCAUCAUGAACCCCACACUAUGCUGGCUGCUAGUUCUGCUUUCCUUCCUGACCAGUGUCCUCAGUGCCUUGCUCCAAACAUCCAUGGCACUCCGGCUGUCCUUCUGCACAAACCUGGAGAUUACUCACUUUUUCUGUGAACUGGAUCAUAUUCUCAAACUUGCCUGUUCAGAUAUCCUCAUAAAUAUCAUCCUGGUGUAUUUAGUGGCGGGUGUGUUGGGCAUUGUCCCUCUGUGUGGGAUAUUAUUCUCUUACACUCAAAUUUUCUCCUCCAUCCUGAAAAUUCCUUCAGCUGGUGGAAAGUACAAAGCCUUCUCCACUUGUAUGUCACACCUAAUAGUCAUUUCCUUGUUCUAUGGCACAUGUUUUGGUGUGUAUCUCAGUGCCUCAGGACCUCUGUCCUCCAAGAAGAGUGCAAUAGCCUCAGUGAUGUACACUGUAGUGACCCCCAUGAUGAACCCCUUUAUCUACAGCCUGAGAAACAAGGAUAUGUUGAGGGCUUUAAGGAAACUGUUCUCUAGAGUGCCAUUUUUCUAUCAGUGUGUUAGAUGUUGA